CCCGCCCCUCCGUCCCUCAGGCCGCCAUGGCGGUUCGGCUGCUCCUGGCCCGGGCCCUGCGGCUGCUGCCGCGGUGCCGCCCGCCCUGCGCCCCCCGUGUCCACCCCCGCGCCGACCUCCGCACCGACCCCCGCGCCGACCCCUGCACCGGCCUCCGCGCCGCCCCGCCGGCCUCGCCAUGGCGGCCGUGGCUGUCCUGGCUGCCGGCCGCCGGCCGCCUCCUCCUGCGCGGCCCUGCGGGCGGGCUGGCGGCCGUGGCGCGGCGGGGGCCCGGCGGGGCCUGCCUGGCGCUGGCUAUGGCGCUGGGGCUGGUGGAGCCGCGCCUGGAGGAGCAGCGACGGGCCGAGGCGGCGUGCCGGCAUAUCCAGACAGUGUUUGUUGGGAAGAACAAGCCUCAGAAAGAUCCCCUGAGCUCCUUCCGCUGGCAGGGCUUCAAGCUGGAGGAAUAUCUCAUCGGCCAACCCAUCGGGAAGGGCUGCAGUGCUGCCGUGUACGAAGCAGCCAUUCCUUUCUCUCCCAAUCCUCGGGAAUGUGUGGAGAGCAGCCAUCUCCCAGCCGUGCAGCAGGAUCAUGGCUCAGCUUCCCAGGCAGCUGAAGAGGAGCCUGUAGUGAAACACCAACCAAAAGGGGCUUUUCCCUUAGCUAUCAAAAUGAUGUGGAAUAUUUCGGCUGGUUCCUCAAGUGAAGCCAUCCUCGAUGCCAUGGGCCGAGAGCUCGUUCCAGCCACUGGAGUUGCUUUAUCCGGGGAAUACGGAGCUGUCUGUGGCCACAGAAAACCCAUCCUUGGGAGGAAGAAGCUGCAACCCCAUCCAAACAUAAUCCAGGUGAUCCGAGCGUUCACAUCCUCUGUCCCUUUGCUGCCUGGAGCCUUUGCUGACUAUCCUGACAUGCUUCCAUUGAGCCUGAAUCCCAGAGGGAUCGGUCACAGCCGGACACUCUUCUUGGUGAUGAAGAAUUACCCUUGCACUCUGCGCCAGUAUCUGCGGGAGAACACUCCCGAUGUUCGCCUCUCCACAAUGAUGAUUUUACAGCUCUUGGAAGGCGUGGACCAUCUUGUUCGACAUGGGAUAGCACACAGAGACCUCAAGUCUGACAACGUCCUGGUUGAAUUCGAUUCUGCUGGCUGCCCCUGGCUGGUCAUCACCGACUUUGGCUGCUGCCUGGCAGAUGAAAAAGUUGGCCUGAGGCUGCCUUUCACCAGCUCCUACGUGGAUCGGGGUGGCAACGGCUGCCUUAUGGCACCAGAGGUGAUCACAGCGUCACCUGGCCCAGGCACAGUGAUCAACUACAGCAAAGCUGAUGCUUGGGCUGUGGGAGCGAUCGCCUACGAAAUCCUGGGCCUGGCCAAUCCUUUCUACGGCCACGGGGACUCGACUCUGGAAAGCAGAAGUUACCAGGAGGACCAGCUGCCCCUCCUGCCUGAUCAUGUGCCCCUCGAGGUGAAGCAAGUGAUAAAGAUGUUGCUUCAGAGGGAUCCCAACAAGAGGUUGUCUGCGAGAGUUGCUGCAAAUGUGCUUCACCUGAGCCUCUGGGGUGACAGUGUUGUAGCAUCCAGGACCCUGAAACCCGACCAGAUGAUCGCCUGGCUCCUCUGCCAGUCAGCUGCCACCCUGCUCACCAACAGGCUGGUGGAUAAAAGCCGGGUAGAAACCAAAAUGAAGAUGUGCUUUUUGGCAAACCUCGAGUUCGAAGACCUCUGGGCAGCAAUAUUCCUGUUGCUGGCCUGGAGAAGCCAUUCUGGGUGAAGGAACCACCUGGAACACGAGCAUUUCAGUUAAAUGGCACUUUCUAAAGGCACAUAGGAACCUGUCCUUUCUGUCUGCCUGGAAUCCUGUAGUGCUUUAGGGAACAAACUGCAGGCCUGUGUUUAAGAGCUUGAGUUUCCUCUAGCAAGUGUUAGCACACCCUGCUUUUCUCCCUCUGCUAGAGGAGAUGCCCUUGCUUCCUUACUGUCUGGGUGGGAGGGUGUGUGGACCUUGCAGGUGUCCUGAGGUACGUGGUUGGUUUUGCUCCCAUUUGGGAAUUCUUUCUUGACUUGUGUGUUGAGUGGAGCAGGUUCCCUUUGAGAUGGGGUGGGUGGGAGGAGGCACUGUCUGCCUGCACUUUGCAUGGGAACAUCACAACUUUAACAACACUCUGAGAAAGCUGAGCUGACAAAGGGAUGUGCAGUUUCUCUGUUCUUGGGGAAACCAGUGGUGGUCUGAGGCUGCUAUUCCUGUGAGCUGCAAAAUGACAGGCCUGGAAGCUUCCUGGUGAGGUGCUGCCUGGUGACAUGAGCGUCAGCAGCACUGAGUACCUCACAGUUGUACGCAGGAUAGUGGGGGCACAUCGUCCUCAAACCCCUCUUGUGUCUGUUCUUAACUGUUGUAGUUAUGUGGUGAUGCUGCUGCAGGGUCCAAGGCUGAGUCAGACUGUCCAGUUAGGGAUGGUGCUCCAAACAAAAUGAGGCUAAGCAGCAGCACCUGCUUAAAGAGCUUAGUGUGAUGCCCUGCUGUUUUACCUGCCUGUUUUUAAUUCAGUGAAAUAAUAUCCUUUGGGGGGGAGGACAGGAGACAUCAAUCUUUAAAUAAUAACAACAGCCAUGUUUAUGAAACAUCAUUCAAUUUUGUGUCUAUAAAUGCGUUUAGAGGAACCUGGGGACAAAGUUAUUUACGCUUGUUGCACAAUAAAUUGAAGAUUAAGCUCUGUG